AUGUUAAAAGAUUGCUUCGGUGGAGUCUUAUGGAAUUCCGUAAAAAUUGUUCUAUUGGUGGACUCUAUACUUAUUGUUGUUUUUAUUAUUGUGAGUGGUAAGCCUUGGUUUCAGCCAAGCUAUCUUGGGAAAAACAGCCACAGUACACAACCAAAUGACAAUCAAGGUGAAAAGCAUGAAUGCAAGUAUGACGAAUCAUUCAAUGUCUUCUGUGAAGAAUUCGUUAAAGAAAACCGAUUAAGCAGGAGAAUAUAUUUUCAAAGAUAGCGAGACACAAUGUUUGGCCAAAACCACUCAAAAUUUUAAUCAGGCCAGAACAACCAGACAUCUGCCAAACGGUCAUUGCUGUAACAUACGUCAUAGCGGAACAUACGUCAUAGCGGAAGUAAAAUGGACAGAGCACGUUGUUGUUGUCUUGAUAGUGUACAAAGUGUAGGGUAAAAAUAUAUAUGUUGUUUUGUGUGGUUUUAUAUGUGAUUGUUUUUACCGUUUCAAUGAGAAAUACGAGAGAAGUAGUAUGAGUAAAGAACGAUUAACACAUGGCGCCCAAGGUGAAACAUAUAAGUUAUUUAUUUGAACUGUUUUGAGCGAAAAAUUUAGUCAAAUGUCGAAGGAAAAUUGAGAGUGACUUCGCGCCAAAAGAGGCGGUUAUCGCGGGGUGACAACCAAGCUGAUAAAAGAAUCACUCGAGAUUCUUGAGUCAACCUAUGUAGAUAUUCAACGAUGCGAAGUUAUUUCCAAACAACUCGAAGAUAAAAUGACGAUUUUAAAAGAAUUAAAUGACGAAAUUCUUGGUAUAUGCGAAGUAAGCGAGAUAGAACACAAAAUCGAAGAAGCGGCAGUUGUUAUUGACCGAAUUCUCAACACAAAAAGCAAAAUCGAAGCAGCAAAGAAGAUGCCCAAUGUGGAAAAUGUUAGCGUUGUCACAUCACCGACCAUUAGUGCUAUAACUCAAAUCGAAAACAGCUUGAAUAUGAGCGAAAAUACAGGUAAUUUAGCGACCAACAGUGAAAAUAGCGUGACAGAUAAUAGUGUAAACAGUGCGAGUAAUGUUGACACUAAUACGAGCAAUAUUGCAACAAGUAAUAUUAAUACAAACACGAGUUCGCUGAAUGUUAGCACCCCCGUUAGUCCUGUCAGUGUGCCAACAUGGUUGACAUUGCAGAAACUGCCAAAGGUCGAACUUCCAAAAUCCCAGCAUGUUCUGAAGGCCGAACCGGACAGUUAA